AUGGUAGGACCUGCGCCGGUCACCAGCGGAAAGCGUGCAAAGACAGGGUUGGGAACUCGUUGCUUUCGAGUAGGCGCCGUAUGGAUGUGCUCGUUCGCAUACGUCCUGGCACGGUAUCAGAAGAGCAGAAGAGCAGGAGAGCAGAAGGGCAGGAGAGCAGGAGAGGAGGAGACAGAGCCGAUUGCCAUACCAAAUAGUCACAUGGAGCUUCUGACCUUGAAACUUGUCGGCCUGAGUUGGUUCCUCGCACCUCAACUCUCCCACUAUCUCGCUCCCACACGAUUUGCUGAGCAGCAACCGGCACCAACACGCAUUGCUAACAGUCUUGUUUCGAUUGUCGUCCUGUAUACGGUGUAUAAUGGCAACGAGAUCACCCGCAGGGGCAUGCCGAGGGUUGAACUGGUGACACAUGGCCUCGCGAUAAUCUUCGGUCGCAGAGGCUCGGUCGACCGCUACAAAGGACUGCUUCUGAACACGAGCCCAGCAUAUUUACAGGGAGACCAUUGUUCUAGAGCCUGGAUGUGA